ACACGAUAAGCGUUUUGUUAGGUGAGUUCAGAGGUCACACACAAUCCUGUCACGUGGUCUGACAGACAGAAUGAGGAAGUAAAUUGCUCGGGUGGUUCAAACGGGUGGAGGCAGUCUUACACAAUCGCUCACCGGGGUCUAGGGCAGCAGGACUCGGGGAAGGGACACUAAACCGACAGCCAGGCAGGGAAGAACUGUGUUGGAAAUUGAGAAGUAUAUUACCGAACAACACCCGACAGUGUUCACAUAGUGAAGUUGACUGGGUGUGUUUCAAAGACAAAAAGAGGAAUAUGUUCUCUGUGAAGCAAGUUUGAGAAGUUCUGUGACACAGUUUCAAACACCAGCAUGGAUACAUUGAAGCACUGUUUCAUUACCAUCGUGUUCUCCUGCCUAUGUUCAGAGAUGAGCAAUGCCGCUAGUACAACAACACUAACGCCACCUCAAUUAGAAUAUGGAGCUACCUGUGCUGAAACAACCAGUGUGUGUUCAACCAGUGGUGCAAUGUGUACUUCAUCCAACAUAUGUGCAUGUGAUGACACUCACUACUACGACAUGGCCACCAACGCCUGCAUUCAGAAAGUGGAUUACGGAGCUAACUGUACUGAGAUUACAGACUGUAUUACCAGCAAUGCAAUUUGUAAUGGAUCCGGCACAUGUGCAUGUAAUGACACUCACUACUACGACACAGCCAACGACAAAUGCACUGAGAAACUAGCCUUCGCCGGUACAUGUAGUGAGACAUCCCAGUGUGACACUACCUCAGACCAAAACAUAGAGUGUAUUCAGACAGCAGCAGACAAGAAGUGCCUCUGUAAGGAUGGAUGGUAUAGGCCAAAUACAAGUCCAACAUCUUGUGUUGAAACUACCCAACUAAAGCCAGCCAUCUCAGACCCACCAUCCAUAGGGACAGGCAAUAUUGGCAUCAGCUGGACAAAUACAGUUGCCAAUGGAGGGUACACAUUCAACUACAUGGUAGUGUGGAGUCAAGGAUCUCCGGGAUCACCAGGAAAUGUCUCUACACAACAGACGACCUACAACAUUCAGCCCCUGUCUCCAGGAACAGUGUAUACAGUCACAGUCGAACUUACCAUCACACAGUACGGCAGGAGUCAGACGAUUACCUCGGACCAAAAACCAUUUACAACAGAGCAAGUCUUUGGCGGAAUAUGCAAUAACACGAUCCAGUGCGACAACUCCAACCCGAACAUAGUCUGUGUUCAGAUAACAGGACAACCAGAUGAUAGAUGCAUCUGUCAGGGUGGGAUGUAUAGGCCAUCAUCAUCAUCAUCUUGUGCAAACACUAGUGUACUACGACCAGUCAUCACAGACCCACCAUCCAUAGGAACAGGCAAUAUUGACAUCAGCUGGAUAAAUACAGAUGUCCCUGGGGGGUACAACUACAGCUACACGGUAUUGUGGUCUCCAGGACCUCCAGGAUCUCCAGGAUCCGCCUCUACACAACAGAAGAGCUACAACAUCCAGCCCCUGUCUCCAGGAACAGAGUAUACAGUCACAGUCGAACUUACCAUCACACAGUACGGCAGGAGCCAGACGACUAUCUCGGUCCCUAGGACAUUUGAAACGAAUAAACAAGCCUUCGGCGGUGAAUGUAAUGAGACAUCACAGUGUGACACCUCAGACACCAACAUAGAGUGUGUCCAGAUUACAGCAGACAAGAAGUGCCUCUGUAAGGCUGGAUGGUAUAGGCCAAAUACAUCACCUUGUGUUGAAACUAACUCACUAAAACCAGCCAUCGUAGACACACCAUCCAUAGGAACAGGCAAUAUUUAUAUCAGCUGGACAAAUACAGAUGUCACUGGAGGAUACUCCUACGGCUAUACGGUGGCGUGGUCUCCAGGAUCUCCAGUACCUUCAGUAUCUGCCUCACAGAAGAACUACAACAUCCAGCCCCUGUCACCAGGAACAGUGUAUACGGUCACAGUUGCACUUACGAUCACACUGCUCGGCAGAAGUCAGACGAUUACCUCGGACCCAAAAGCAUUUACAACAAAAAAGGUCUUCGGCGGUGCAUGUAAUGAGACAUCCCAGUGUGACACCUCAGACUCCAAUAUAGAUUGUAUACAGACUACAGUGCCAUCAGACAAGAAGUGUCUCUGUAAGAGUGGAUGGUAUCGGCCGAAUACAAGUCCAGUAUCUUGUGUUCAAUUUAGUGUGUUACGACCAGUCAUAACAGACCCACCAUCCAUAGGAACAGGCACUAUUAGCAUCAGCUGGACAAAUACAGAUGUCACUGAGGGGUACACCUACAUCUACACGGUAGUGUGGUCUCCAGGACCUCCAGGAUCACCAGGAUCACCAGGAACUGCCUCUACACAACAAAAGAACUACAACAUUCAGCCCCUGUCUCAAGGAACAGAGUAUACAGUCACAGUUGCACAUACCAUCACACAGUACGGCAGGAGUCAGACGAUUACCUCGGUCCAAAGGAAUAUUACAACAAAGAUCGCCUACAAUCAAACCUGCUCACAGCCUGGUUUGUGUAUCGAUGCCCGUACCAACUGUUACAGUGGUAGUUGUCGCUGUGAUGAGGGAUACUACCGAGCUACCGACUGUUCCAGCAUUGAACAACUCAAGCCUACCUCUGUGACGGCCUACGUAAACGACACAACCACCAUGACAGCAUCCUGGGUAGCUCCAUCUAACGCCAUCAUUACCGGGUACGAGGUGACUGUUACAUCAGGGGGCAUCACUCCGAUCAGUGUGGACAGAGACAUCAGGACCACGCCCAUUACAGGCCUGACGCCGGGGAGAUUGUACACUGUGUCUGUGAAGACAAAGAUCACCUACCUGCAGGGACGUGACGAGAUGACUGACGUUGUACCUGCAGCAUCAGAGCGAACAACACCCGCGGCCAUCGUGGAGCUGGAUAGCAAAACCAACAGGACAGCUCCAGAUAUCACCAUUGUGUUUUCCAAGGCUGAGGGGGAUGCAGACAAGUACAUUGUGACACUCAGUAGGCGGGAUGGAGAUACAUAUAACCAAAGACAUGAACCUCCCCACGGCAGUGGACAGGACCUCAUCUCUGUCGUCUUCACUGGUGUUGUCCCAGCUGUGUCGUACACCCUGACCAUAAAAACACAGAGUGGGAACCUCUUUAGUUCACCAUUUACCACUGUGAUACUGGUACAAGCAAAACCUGCCGGAAGCGUUACCAAUCUGACGUCGUUUGACAACACUUCCCGCUCUAUUGCUGUGGAAUGGAGCAGACCACUCAACCCUAACGGGAAUAUCUUUGAGUACAUUGUCGACGUGAAAACAGGCUCUCCUUCAAAGUGUGUGAAGCGGGUCAUCGUCAACUGCACUGAAUGUAGCAGAAAUAUGACCAUGCCACAGAUGCAGACGGAAUGUACAACAGACGUGACAGUGGUGAUAUCCCAGGCCGACAUUGAAAAUGUCGACCACGUCAUACAGCACAACAUAACAGGCCUGAACCCUGAUACAUCCUACAGCAUAGACGUAGUAGCUGUCAAUCAAGAGGGGCAAGGCACACCGGACCAAGUUAAUUUACUCCUACCCGAGGAAGCCGCUGGUGAACCUACAAACUUCAAGGUACAGAGCAGGUCAUCAAGUGAGAUAACUCUGACAUGGGAUCCUCCACAGCCCCGACCUGGUGUGACUCAAUACAACCUAACUGUGUAUGAAAAACAGGAAGAGGGCGACGGUUAUGAACCGUCACAGAACAUAUCGAUUAACGAUUGGAAAACUAAAACGAAAAUUAUUGGCAGUCUCUCCAGCUAUUGGUCAUACAAGUUUGAUAUAGUGGCUAACACAAAAAUUGGUGCUUCGAUGAUUGUCAACAGCAGCGUUGAGAUGACUCUGGAAUCAGCGCCAAUUGGUGUGACAGACUUCAUGAUCGAGAGUGUUCCUGGUGUGUUCAACAAGGUACAAGUGUCGUGGAAGUGUCCGCAACAAAAAGAUGGUAGAAAUGGAAAGAUUGUCAGCGCCAAUCUGAAUUAUUACACUAACCAACAGACAACAUAUGUGGAACCUGUACGCAGUAAUAAGAACUUCUCAGACACUGGGAAAAAAUGCAUGUGGAGAGAGAAUGUGACAGUAACUACAGAAUUCCUAUAUCAGUUCCAGGUCCGCCUCUUCAACAAAGCCUAUGCUGGCGCUGUUGUCAAUGAUAGUAAAGAAAUACAAGGAGGGGCCCCAAAACAGUCGGAAGUUCGCGAAUCUGUGAAGGUAGGAGCGAUAGAAGCAGAGGAAACGGCGUCACUGACCAUCUGUCCGAAGUGCCUCUAUGACCGAACAAAUGGUCAAGUAAUCAAUAACGGAUUGAUUGUGUGUAAGAAAGAAGGCAGCUGUGGACAAAGCAGAAAACGUCGCGCAGCUACAAAAGCAGAGGACUAUGACAAAAUGGACAACUGGAAUGUGGCCAGUGCAGACAGUUUCAACACGCAGUACAGGGCAACAAAGGAGGAUUGGCUUGUUGGAAAUAAUGAACAAUCAACUUUAGCCUUUACCGUUGGCGAAGAAGAUUGCAGCGGAAACCCAAAAGACGUAUUCUGUAAUGGGAAACUCCCUGCAGGAGAAACGUUUAUUGUCUUCGCUUUUACAUGCACAAAACAAGGAUGCACAACAAGUCAGUCAAUUGAAGUAAAGACAAAAGCUUCGAUUUUACUGGGUGCUGUCAUCGGAGCAGUAGUUGCCGCAAUUGUCGUCAUCAUUGUUGUGAUUGUCAUCGUGAUUAUCCGUCGACGAAGAAACGCCAAAAUGAAACAAGCUGAUCCAUCCGAAAUCGAAGCUGUCGGCGAUCUUAUCCUGAGGAAACGGCCAAUAAGAAUGAAGGAUUUCGAAACGCGCGUUGAAGAAAUGCACAAGGAUUCCAACCUACUAUAUUCGGAAGAAUUUGAGGACAUAGGAGCCCUGAGUCCCAAGCACACGUGUACUGCGUCUGAAACCGGCGGCAACAAACUGAGAAACAGAUACGUGAAUAUUUUACCAUUUGACCACAGUCGAGUAAAACUGCGAUCUACAGGGGACGAUGACGACGACGAGACAGACUAUAUCAACGCUAACUACAUACCGGGUUACAACUCUCCACGUGAGUUCAUCGCCACCCAGGGCCCUAUGACCGGGACUGUGGCGGACUUCUGGAGGAUGAUAUGGGAGCAGGACGUCAACAUCAUCAUCAUGCUGUCAGACCUGCUGGAGAAGGGCAAGCCAAAGGUAGAUAGGUAUUGGCCGGAAAAUAUGAAGGAGGCGGUUCAAUAUGGAGAAAUUGUCGUGGAGAUGAUCAACUAUUCCCCGCUUAACAAAUACAUCAUGAAAAUCUUCCAGAUAACCGUGGGUGAUGAAAGUCGAAAGGUCCGCCAUUAUUUCCUCCCUGGGUGGCAGGACUUCGGAGCUAAUCUUACCCCAGAUGACGUCAUCAGCUUUGUCAGAGAUGUUCGGAUGCAGAAAAAGCCCACAGACAAAGGUCCAAUCUGCGUUCACUGCAGCGCUGGCGUGGGGCGGACUGGGACGUAUGUCUCUCUGGACGUCUUCAAGCAGGCUAUAGACGAGGAGAACUUUGACAAAGAGCUUGACGUGUUUGACUUCGUGAUGAAGAUGAGGGAAAACAGGUCCUACAUGGUCCAGACAGAGAAACAGUACAUUUUCAUCCACGACACCAUCAAGGAAAUGCUCAUCAGGAAGAAGAAGGAGAUAGCGGAGAGAGACAACAUCUACCAGAACAGCGAUCUCAAACCGGAGGAGAAUAUAUAUGCCAACCAAGCAUAUGAGCCUGACCCGGAAGAGCUGUACAUGAACGUCGAACCUGGACAACCAACCACAGUGCUGUAGGGGACAACACAAGCCGGUAAACAUGUGGAGAGAGUUAAAAUCUCUCUUGGUACAGGAUAGUUGCGACAAUUAAAGUUCUAACGAAAGUUGCUGCAAUCACAGUGUUCAACAAUACACUGGUGUAUGUAAUACACGUCGUCUGAGUACCACAGGUGCAUUCUGCUUAGUGCUACAAUAGCAUAAUUAUAGUUACAACAUUGUUAUUAGUAUUAAUACAUCUUUGUUUCUUCCACUUUUUAUAACAACACAACGUAUUUGUUCACACAGUCAUUUAGACUAUUUUACUGCGCUUGUCUCUAUGUGUUGACUAUGUGAUAUAUCAUUACCCCUGGUUUUAAAAAAUGUCAUAUAGAACAUAUAUAUUCCAACCACAAUUGAUAAAACAUAAUAUCACAAUCAAAGAGCAACUAGAUAACUAUAUAUUUUUAAACUAUCCAAGGAUUUAUGGCUUCAAGGUGUCGGGAUUUACAUUAAGCAUUCAGUCUGACUAUUUACUGAAUUGAUAAAUAAUCAAGUUGAAGCAAACAAUAAUAUACAAGAUGUGAUAAGGGCUUAUUUUAGAUAUGAAGAAUGUAAGAAAUUAUAAACUCCACAAAGCAUUGUGAAAUUUAUCAGAUACGUUUAAACGAAUGGGAAUUAGAUUUUCACCAUUCUAACAAUGAACGUUUGGGACUAGUUUAAACACUAAAUGCAUGGGUAAAGCUAGUUCUCAUACUUGACAAUAUACAAAUCUUUCUUCUUUAAAUCUUCUCCUUUGACACUCACUUCAGUCAUACGCAUGUAUUUUAUGAGUCAUAAGUACAAAAUUUGUAAGUGUAAGAAAGAAGAAAGGAUGCCAGUUGUCAGUCAUUCCAACUUUUUAUGUAACUUUAUAAUUUGACAAUGUCCCUAAAGGUACCCUUGAUCUACCUUGUCCUUCAUGUUAGUGCACAUGAGUCGACCACGUUGUACAUAACACUGCAUCGCAUAUACAAGUAACCAUACGUUCACUAUAAUGUUGUUUCUAUUCUUGCCGAAAGUACGUGCCGGUAAGUGCAAGAAUGUUAUUUUUGUUAUUUGUUGACUUCUUUGCACUGUGAAAUGUUUUGCGUAGUUAUGUAAUAUUAUUUAUGACAGGUUUCAGUAGAUUCAUCAUAUUCUGAGCGAAAAAUAAAUUAUAUGUUCUCAUGAUCAAAACCGCACCAAAUAUUCAAUAAUAAUUGAUUGAUCCAGCCCUUAUAUAUGAAUCAAAUCAUUUAUGCUUGAUGUCCAAAGUUCCAUUGCAGAAAUUAUUUUUUAGUCGACCUAUGUUCUCGAUAUUUUGAUAUGACGAUAAAGGUUUGAAUUCGAGGAAGUGCUGUUUUAUAAAUGGACUUUGCAAUACCCAGUUUGAUGUUGCUCGUCGAAAUGACUUCAUUUCUCUUCCACUCUGUGCUGCCAUCAAAAGGAUUUGUAGUGUUAAUUACUAAGAAAAGGUGUCGG